GGCUCCGUGAAGAGGCCCUCGGUGCGUCCCGGCUGGUGCGGCUCUGCCUCCCUCGCGACGCCGUUGCUGCCCUCGAAGCCUCCGGACGCCCCCGCCGCUGCCGCCUGGCCCACCCGGACCGGACAAUGGCUGACCAGCUGACUGAAGAGCAGAUUGCAGAGUUCAAGGAGGCCUUCUCCCUCUUCGACAAGGACGGCGAUGGGACCAUCACCACCAAGGAGCUUGGCACCGUGAUGAGGUCCCUGGGGCAGAACCCCACCGAGGCCGAACUGCAGGACAUGAUUAACGAGGUGGAUGCGGACGGGAACGGCACUAUCGACUUCCCCGAGUUCCUCACCAUGAUGGCGAGGAAGAUGAAGGACACCGACAGCGAGGAGGAGAUCCGGGAGGCCUUCAGAGUGUUUGACAAGGAUGGGAACGGCUACAUCAGCGCCGCCGAGUUGCGCCACGUGAUGACGAACCUUGGCGAGAAGCUGACGGACGAAGAAGUGGACGAAAUGAUACGGGAAGCCGACAUUGACGGAGACGGGCAGGUCAACUACGAAGAGUUCGUGCAGAUGAUGACGGCAAAAUGAAGCCCGCAGACCGAGUGGCUGGCAAGGCCCGUUUCUCCUUCGAUAACUUUUCUCCCACACACUCUCUCUACUUAAGUAACCUGGUUCUCUACGCAAACAAAUCGGCUGUGGAAUAAAUCUGACCAAGCAAUUAAAAAGUGAA